AUGCGCGGUUACUGCUUCUCGUUCUACCUGGUAUCGUCACCGUUCUGACGCUUGCUGUGUAGAGCCCUCCUUGCGAAGCGCCCGCGCACCUGCACAGAAGGAGAGCCAUGGAAGAGUUCCUGUCCCCUAAAGACUCUGCCAAGUUCAUAGCCGAGAACAGCCAAGACGUGCUUGUUGAAGAAGCGGGAGUGAGGAAAGUUGCAGAGGCUCUGUUUGACAAAGUUUCAGCAAAAGAGUUCAGUUUGGCUGGCUGGAAAUCUCUUCACGAGCUGAACCCUCAAGUAGUUAAUGAUGAUGCAGUGAAUUGGGUGUUUCUUGCAGAUACCCUUAACUUUUCCUUUUGGUCUGAACACCAAGACCAUAAGUGUCUGGUGAAGUACAGAGGCAAGAUGUACAGUGGUUACUGGUCUCUUUGUGCUGCAAUCAAUAGAGCACUUGAUGAUGGAAUACCUAUUACCAGUGCUGCAUAUUACGCCACUAUGACACUUGAGCAGGUUAGACAUGUAUUUCGCUCUGACACAGAUGUCCCCAUGCCUUUGAUGGAAGAGAGACAUCAUAUUCUUAAUGAAACGGGGACAAUUCUGCUUGAGAAGUUUGGAGGCUCUUUCGUCACCUGUGUUAAAAUGAGUGAGAGAAGUGCUCAGAAACUACUGCGUAUAGUAGUAGAGAAUUUUCCUUCUUACAGAGAUGAGGCUACAUUUAAGGGUAAAAAGGUGUCUUUUUAUAAACGGGCACAAAUACUAGUGGCUGAUACCUGGAGCGCAUUGGAAGGGAAAGGAGAUGGCUGCUUCGGUGACAUUUCUAGUCUGACUAUAUUUGCUGACUAUAGGAUCCCUCAAGUCCUUGUUCACCUGGGAGCAAUGAGAUAUUCUGAUGAACUGAUGAAGAAACUCCAUGAAGGAAUAAUGUUCCAGUCUGGAGAUAAACAAGAAGUGGAGAUCCGAGGUUGUUCUAUUUGGUGUUGUGGAUUGAUUUGUGAUCACCUGCUGGAACUUUAUAAGAAGAAGGGACAAAACAUGAGUGAAAGAAUCAAUGCAGUUCUUCUUGAUUAUUAUCUAUGGGACUAUGCCCGGGAUCACAGGGAAGAUAUGAAAGAAAUUCCAAUUCAUCGUGUACGUUGCAUAUACUACUAACACCAAUUUUAUAGAUCUCUCAUUAAUGCAUCAUGCAGAUUUGUUACUUAAUUUGCAGCUUUUUAUAUACUGACUUGGAGCAUUCAGCAGUAAGUUAAAUACCUGUUCUCUGAUAUAUUAACACUUUUGUCCAUCACUGCAGUUGUGUGUUAGUACUCCAUAGAAUUCACAUUCAGGGAAGGCCUAUUUUUUUUUGUAUUCAAUAAAUAAUUAGUUUUAUUUCAAGCAUAAGACAUCUGAAUUUAUAUAAUCAAACUUCAAUAAAGUUGAAUCACUUGAUUCAGUACAUAUUCAAUUAA